AUGACAGAAGAAAAAGAUUAUGGAUUGCUAUCUUUUAAUACUGUGAAGUAUCUUCAUACAAACGAAGGUCAGAUAACCUCACCUGGAUACCCUGAUAAUUAUCCAAACAAUGUAAGCUUCACCUGGAUAAUCAGAACAAGACGCAAUGAUGCUUAUGAAGCUUUUAUAAUUCUUGACAUGGAUAUUGCCUGUGGCGACUAUCUUAAGAUUGAGCAGGUCGAGCCAUGUUGCUUUAAUGCAUUUUACGGAUGUAGUAACCGUAAAAUACAUCAAAGGACCGUUUACACUAAAGGGAAGCAUUUCAGAAUUUCUUUCCUAUCCGACAAAAGACUGAGUGCAAAAGGCUUUAAUAUCUCUUGGACAGCAAAACUAGGGAGAAAAGCAGUUUCAAAAGCAACAAGGUUGACAAUUACUCCUACAAGAACUGUUUCAACAACAAAAGCGUUGACGUCCACUGCUACAAUAACAACAAUAAAUAAGUUGACAGCAACUCCCACAACAAGAACAACUCUGUCAAUCAUACAUCUUGCAGCAACAUCCGAGUCAAAAAGAUCAGAACCCACAGGUGCAAGGUUUUUAAAAAUUACAUUAAAGAAAUUCAGACCUAAUAAUGUGCAAGGCCAAAAUCUUUAAUGAGAGUAUGACACACAUACGAGGGUUGUUAGAAAAGUUCGCGGAUAUACUGACUUACGGAAAAUUUAAUGUCCUUUUCUGUUGCCCGCUUGGCGCAGUAAUUAGAGCGUUUGCUUUAGAGUCGCGGAGUUAGGAGUUGAUCCCUACGUCGCAGGUUCGAAUCCCAAUGCGAG